GAAGUUUGGAGAAGCGUUCAGCUCGAUCGGCAUGACUGUCAGGAGCUGCAGGCCGCGAAUCGAUCGGGCAAAAUGCGGUUUUUAGAGGCAUAAUCGCGGAUUUCUCUCAUGACAGGACCGCGCAGCUCCGUUUGAGGCCACUGGAUGGAGGAACCGCAGAUAUGGCGAGCUAACCGGGUCGAGCGGGAGCGGAGCGAGUGUGCGCACGCGCGUGAUUUUUGUGUGUGAGGUCGUCGGCAGCAAUGAUGCAGCAGAAGCGCAACAUUCAGAUCAUCGAAUGGGAGGAUCUGGACAAGAGGAAGUUCUACUCCCUGGGCGUCUUCAUGACCAUGACCACGCGGGCCACCGUCUACCCGUUCACCCUGAUCCGCACCAGACUGCAGGUCCAGAAGGGGAAGUCGCUCUACAACGGCACCUUCGACGCCUUCUGGAAGAUCCUGCAGGCGGAGGGCGCUCGUGGCCUUUACCGAGGAUUCAUGGUCAACACCUUCACGCUGAUCUCAGGUCAGGCCUACAUCACCACCUACGAGCUGGUGAGGAAGUACGUGUCCUGCUACUCGUCGGAUAACACCGUCAAGUCUCUGGUGGCGGGCGGCGCGGCCUCGCUGGUGGCCCAGAGCAUCACGGUGCCCAUCGACGUGGUGUCCCAGCAGCUGAUGGUGCAGGGUCAGGGGGGCCAGCUCACGCGCUUCAAACUCAAGCCCAAGAUGGUGAUGGCCACGACCAAACACAGAGUGACGUUCGGCCAGACCAGAGACAUUGUGGUGCAGAUUUUUCACGUGGAUGGAUUGCGGGGCUUUUAUCGCGGAUAUGUGGCGUCGCUCCUCACGUACAUACCCAACAGCGCCGUCUGGUGGCCGUUUUAUCACUUUUACGGAGAGCAGCUCUCCAGAUUGGCUCCAGCAGACUGUCCACAUCUCCUCCUGCAGGCCGUGGCUGGACCGAUGGCUGCUGCGACCGCCUCCACCCUCACCAACCCCAUGGACGUGGUCCGAGCCCGAGUACAGGUCGAGGGUCGUUCGUCUGUGAUCGAGACGUUUAAGCAGCUGCUGGCCGAAGAGGGCGUGUGGGGUCUCACCAAGGGUCUGUCUGCACGCAUCAUUUCCUCCACGCCCACCUCGGUGAUGAUCGUCAUCGGGUACGAGACGCUAAAGAGACUCAGUCUGCGGCCUGAACUGGUGGAGAGCAGACACUGGUGAAAACGCGCAUACCUCAGCCUUUUAAACAGAUGCCUUUUUAUCAUUUUCACGUUUUACGAGGACCAGGCAAUAAUUGGCACUCAGAUGCGAAGCUAUAUUUCCCCUCUCCCUUUUUUUGUGGAUUUUGUAUAUUUUGUAACCCGUGAACUCAUCCGGCCCGAGCUUGUAUUUUGUAACAACACGUCAUAGAACGCCGGAUCUGUGCUUUUUUUUCCCGCCUCAAAUGUGUUCAUCUGAGGUUUUGAAGUGAAAAUCGGUUUGAAACGGUGGCUUUGACGAACUCGUUUUGAAUCUAAUGCAGUGCUCUUCUCUUCAUCUGACAGGAAGUGAGAUCAUCACGUCUGUUACAGGGUAGGAAGCGUAAAAACACGUGCGGCUUUUACACUUGAAACCCUGGGAUGUUUUUAACUCUAGCAAAUAAGUCGGUGCUCUCGGCCCUCUGAAACGCACCUAAUAUGGUCUAAUAUAAUAUUCUACUUUGAUGCUUAAUAUUUGAUUAUAGAAAAAUGUGAAAAAGACAUGAAAAUGAAUCCUCACGUCAACGGGCUCGUGAAUAUUUGAGACAAUAAUUGACUAAACCAAGCAUUUCCAUGGUCAUGGAAAACGUACAAAAUGUUUAUAGUAAAUACAAAUCUAUUAUACAUUACCAUACACUAUACUAUAUAUUGUGUUCAGGUUUUUAUUUAAAUGAGCCCUUCAUGUGUAGGUAUUACAAAAUUAUACUUAAUAUUUAUCCGUUGAUCAAAAAAGUGUCAAUUAAUUUUAUUAAGUGGCCUUUUCCCAGGGUUAUGUGAGAAAGUUGUUCGUAUCAUGCCUUGUCUUUAACCGUCAGCAAACAGUGUUUUGGGGCCAAAGCUUUUACAGUUGAAAUGAUUUCUAAAUGUGCUCCGUAUUUUAAAAAUAUCUGCCGUAGUCGUGUUCGUCUAAAAGAUUGUUUCUAACUGGAUCUGUGUCACUUGGGAGAGUAAAUUAAACCAACCACAUGACUUUGAAA